CACACUGUAGAGGACAGAGAGCAUUCAGGAUGCCAGAGCCAGUCAAAAAAACAGUUUCAGCAUUUGCCAAGAAACCAAAGACUCAGGAGGCAGAGGAGGGGUCCUCUGUGCUCUUUGAAGCAGAGACAGAGAAGCCUGAUGCUAAAGUAAAAUGGCAGUGCAACUCAAAGGACAUUGCCACUGGCGCCAAAUAUGUGAUGACAGCCGCCGGAAACAAGCAUUCCCUCUCUAUAAAAGCCAUUACCAAGGAAGAUGCCAAUGUGUAUGCAGUGAUUGCUGGGGGGUCAAAGGUCAAGUUUGACCUGAAGGUCGUAUCUAAGCCAGGAGGUCCCGUUCAGGCCCCUGCUGAUGCUCCUGGGAAGUCUGAUGUAGAACCAGAAAAGGCCCCUGCUGAUCCUGGACCUGCUCCACCUUCUGAUCCUGCUCCACCCACUGAUCCUGCUCCACCUGCAGCAGCACCAACAGGAGAGCAGCCCGUGGUCCCAGCACAAGAUGCUCCUCCAGCUGAGGAUGCACAGCCUCCAGACACCAGGCAGGACCUGACUGGACUCUUUACAGAGAAACCCACCAGUGGGAACGUCACUGUAGGUGAAAACAUCACAUUUGUGGCUAAAGUCUGUGCUGAGUCGUUGUUGAAGAAACCCACCAUCAAAUGGUUCAAAGGGAAGUGGAUGGACCUCGCCAGCAAGUCUGGAAAACACCUUCAGCUGAAGGAGACGUAUGACCGCAACACCAAGGUAUACACGUUUGAAAUGCAAAUCAUCGCAGCGAAGGCAAACUUUACUGGAGCGUACAGAUGUGAGGUGGCUUCCAGGGACAAGUUUGACAGCUGUAACUUUGACCUGGCUGUACAUGAGGCUUGUGCAACUGAAGGUUUCGAUAUUCGAACAGCCUUUAGGCGCACUGGCGCAGAUGGAAAAGAGGACUCAGGAGAACUGGAUUUCAGUACCUUAUUAAAAAAGAGAGACAGUUUCUUAAAAUCCUCAAAUCGAGCCGUGCAGGUGAACGCAGAGCCGGACUCAGACGUCUGGAAUAUUCUCUGCAGUGCUCCUUCUUCAGAGUAUGAGAAGAUAGCUUUUGAGAAUGGCAUUACCGACCUGAGAGGGAUGCUCAAGAGACUGAAGAAGAUGAAGAAGAAAGAGGAGAAGAAAAGUGCAGCUUUCACCAAAAAGUUGGAUCCUGCUUACCAAGUGAAAAAGGGACAUAAAAUAAAACUGGCCAUUGAGGUUGCCAAUCCAGAUGUUGAGGUGAAAUGGCUGAAGAAUGGAGUAGACCUUCUUCCAACUGGAAGCAAGUACAUCUUUGAGAGUGUUGGCAACAUGCGCUACCUCACCAUCAACCACUGCUCGUUGGCAGACGAUGCAGCAUAUAGCUGCGUGGUGGGGGAGGAGAAAUGCACCACUGAGCUCUUUGUUCAAGAGCCUCCCGUCACGAUCGUGAAGAAUCUGGAGGAUCAGAUGGUGAUGAAUGGUGAACGGGUGGAGUUAAUGUGUGAAGUCUCAGAGGAAGGAGCCAAUGUGAGAUGGGAGAAGGACGGUGUGGAAUUGACAAGAGACGAGUCUUUCAAGUACCGGUUCAAGAAAGACGGCUGCAAACAUGUCCUUAUCAUUAAUGAGGCCAUGAAAGAAGACUGCGGACACUACAAGGUUAAAACCAACGGUGGCGAGUCUAUGGCUGAAAUACUGGUGCAGGAGAAGGACCUGGAGGUCUACCAAAGCAUUGCAGACCUCACAGUGAAGGCAAAAGAUCAAGCGGUGUUCAAGUGUGAGGUGUCGGAUGAGAAAGUUAGAGGAACCUGGUACAAGAACGGUGUGGAAGUCAAACCCGAUGCCAGAGUAAAUAUCACGCACAUUGGCAGGAACCACAAACUGACCAUUGAUGACGUCAAACCAGAGGAUGAGGGAGACUACACUUUUGUGCCAGAUGGCCACGCUUUCAACCUUUCUGCUAAACUCAAUUUCUUGGACGUGAAGAUUGAUUUUGUGCCACGCCAGGAUCCUCCUAAGAUCCACCUGGACUGUAUGGGCCGCACGUCCGAUUCCACCAUCGUGGUGGUCGCUGGCAACAAACUGCGUCUGGAUGUCCCCAUCACUGGAGACCCUGCUCCCACAGUGAUCUGGACCAAAGGAGGGAAGGCUAGUUCUGUCAAAGCUGACGGAGAAGAGACAGAAGGGCCGGAAUCUUCUUGGACCCUGAAGCAUGGGGAAGUCGUCACAGAGGGAGACAGCAGGGUCCAUGUUGAAACCACCAAAGGACACUGUAUCUUCACCAUUGAGGGGGCGGAGAGGCAGGACGAGGGAUUAUACUCUGUUGUGGUUCGAAACCCGGCCGGGGAGGACACUGCUGAUAUCAAUGUGAAAGUUGUCGAUGUUCCAGACCCUCCCCAGACUCCCAGAGUCCUCAGCGUGGGGGAGGACUCCUGUGUGGUUCAGUGGGACCCCCCUCUUUUUGAUGGUGGACAGCCAAUUAUUGGCUAUGUGCUGGAGAGGAAGAAGAAGAAGAGCUACAGGUGGAUGAGACUGAACUUUGACCCUUACACUGACACUACCUUUGAAGCCAAGCGGAUGAUUGAGGGGAUGGAGUAUGAGAUGCGAGUCUAUGCCGUCAACGGCAUCGGCAUGUCUCGCCACAGUCCAGCCUCACAGCCUUUCGUGCCAGUCGCACCAACAAGUGAGCCCAUCGGACUGUGCGUGGACGACAUCAGUGACACUACUAUCUCGCUGAAGUGGCGUCCGCCUGAGAGGAUCGGCUCCGUUGAACUCAAGGGUUAUGGGGUUGAGUACUGCAAGGAGGGCACGGAUGAAUGGAUACCAGCCAUUCAGGGUCUGACUGACCGGACGUCAUUGAUGAUCAGAGAUCUCACCACCGGAGACAAGCUGCAGUUCCGUGUGCGGGCCUUCAACAUGGCGGGGCCGAGCGCUGCCUCCACUCUGGCCCAGCCUGUUACCAUCAGAGAGAUAAUGCAACGUCCUAGAAUUAUGAUCCCCAGAAAUCUGCGUCAGACUUUCGUCAAGACAGUUGGAGAGACUGUUAACCUUAUGAUCAAAUUUCAGGGUAAGCCCAGGCCAAAGGUCAUUUGGAGCAAAGACGGGGAGCCUCUGAGUCCUACAUUCGCCAGUGUGAGGAACAGUGAAGUGGAUACCAUCCUCUUCAUCCGCAAGACAGAGAGAACACAUUCGGGGAAGUAUGAUCUCCAGGUGCAGAUUGAAAAUGUAGAAGACAAAGCCAGUAUCACACUGCAGGUUGUGGAUCUCCCAGGGGCCCCGGAAGCUCUGAAGAUCACAGAUGUCUGGGGCUUCAACGUGGCCCUGGAGUGGAAGCCCCCGAAGGACAACGGUAACUGUGAAAUCAGUGGUUACACCAUUCAGAAAGCUGACAAGAAGACCAUGGAGUGGUUUACAGUCUACGAGCAAUACAGGCGAACCAACUGCGUUGCGUCUGACCUCAUCAUGGGGAAUGAGUACGUCUUCAGAGCCUUUGCUAUCAACCAGGUGGGCCUCAGCCUGGAGCCGUGCAACACGACAGACAGCGCUUACAUCCAGAAAACAGCUAUGGAGUACAAGCCGCCCAGCUACAAGGAUCAUGACUUCUCGCAGGCUCCCAAGUUCACACAUCCACUGGUGAACCGGUCCAUCAUCGCAGGAUACAGCACCACCCUCAGCUGCUCCGUCAGAGGCUCACCCAAGCCCAAAGUGACCUGGUUCAAAAACAAGAUGGACAUCUCCAAUGAAGCCAAGUACAGGAUGCUCUGCAGACAAGGUGUUCUGACGCUGGAGAUCCGUAAGCCCUGCACGUUUGACGGGGGGGUGUAUAUGUGCAGAGCAGUCAACGACAGCGGAGAAGAUAUAGUGGAGUGUAAACUGGAGGUCCGCUCUCAAGUUCCUAAAGAGGAAAAUAAGAAAGAGGACUGAGCUGCUGACUGAAAGAAGAUGGAUUUGUCUCCUGCAUGCUGUUUUUCCCCUACAUCACAAAAGUCUCUCCUCUUCUGGAAUCAUCCCGUCAUACUUACUGUUGUGUUAGUAUGAUGACUACCACUGGAUUACUGAAUUAUACACUUACUUUAAGAAGAAUGGAUAAUGGUGUCCUAGCAUAAUACAAAAUAGCAAGUCAAAGAAGGUUGCAAUAUUUAUCUAUUUCAUUCAGGAUUUGUGAUGUUGUUGCUCCAGUAUUUCAGCUUAAAUUGAUUAUAGUGUUUGUUUGGAAUUUUUUGUGUGCUUACAAAGCUAAAUAUAAAUGCUUAAAAACACAAUAGUGAGUUAUUUAUUGCCUUGCUAUCACAUAGGGGCAUUAUGCUACAGUGUUAUCAGCAAUGGUGAACAAGUGAAGGCCAGUUCCCAGAAACUGCUUUGACGAUAGGUGGCUGUGGUAUUCAGGAAAUCCAAAAAGCAUGCCACUGAUAAAAGUCCAGAGGAAUGGACACAGGGUUGUUGAGGGAUUAGUUUUAUAGUAACAAAGCCCCUCUAAAGCCAGAGGUGUGAGGCAUGUGCCUAAUGUGCACGCCACAGAGGGAUGAAUGUGAAGGGCUGGAAUAGCUCUGAUGUCCUUUUACUUCUGAGACAUGUGUGAGUUAAGAGGAACACAUGGCGGCGUUCACUGAGUGGGAGGGAGCUGCUGAACCAUCACUCAACAGUUACUCCUUUGAUGCCUUCAAUGUAAAUAUUUCCUGUGCCCUCUCAACAUACAGCUGCGAAGGAUCCAGCGAGCCUUUGUACAUGUCACCGGGCCACUAUUAACAUACAUGACGAAUGCCUUACAGCGCCUACGCUUGCCAGGUGUUUUGACACUGGGUUUCACCAAAAUCCGCAAAUUAAA